AUGCCUCGUCAAAGAAUUCAUCAUCGAACGAAAAGAUUCAAAAAUCAAAGUUCAAUUAAUUCCUCGCAAAUUAAUCCAAUUGAUUCUUCGGUUUCUUCACCGAAACCUAAAUCAAGCGAGACCCCAAAAGAAAUUGCUGGUUACUAUUAUGAUCAUGAAAAAAAUAGGUAUUUUAAAAUAAUGGCAAAUAAAACGGUUGGAUCAAGUCACCCUUUUAGCGCUGAUUCUAUUGGGACAAAGAAAAAAGCUGAAGAGAAAGCCAGAGAAUAUCCAAUGCGUCGAAAAUUUUCAAGCGCAAUGUCUCUUCUUUUGGAUCGAGAAAUAAACCCCAUUAAACCUAUUCAUGUAUCAAAAAGUGAAAAUCGACAAAUUUUAGUAAAGUCUUUACGUCAUAUCGGUUCAAUUGCCAUGGAACGUUCGUUUAUAAAGGAUUUUCGGAUCCAUCCAUCUAUGAAUAAAAUAUUUCAUGGGGAUACAUCUGGAAUCAUAAGUCAGAUGAAAUUCAAGUGCACAUCCGAAUCAUGCGUGGAAGAUUAUAAUAUACAAAUGUUCAAAUUUUCCUCAGAGAUCACAUCAAUGCGCUUGGAAAGUACGAAUUUAUUGAUAGGCACUUCACUGGGUGAUCCAGUUACCUCGGGCAUUAUGUUUGUUGCAAAAUUAUGUUCAGAAAUUGAUCCUUAUGGCAUGGAACCAAAGUAUGUUUAUCAUAGUGGUUCAACGAUUUGGGCAUCAUCAUUUUCAGAGAUUGACUCUUCUAUAGCAGUGGGCUCAUCACGAAAAUUGUCUGUGAUACAAGGAUGGCAAGAAACACCAUUGAUUAGUAAUUUUAAGACAUAUAGUGAUGUUUUCGCUUUGGAUUUUGAUCGUUAUCAGCCGAAUGUAGUUUUCACAGGUUGUAGAGACGGUAGAUUACGGAUAUUUGAUUUACGUUCCAAUUCACGUCAUGGGAUUGGACCGAUGAUUGACCAAAAAUCUCCUAUUUGUCAUUUAAAACAAGUCGGCGCGUGGUAUAUUUUAUCAGAUGGAAUGAAUGGAUCCGUUUCCUUGUGGGAUAUUCGAAAUGUAAAGAGGGAUUAUGAUAAUUCUUACGAUCAUAAACCAGUUAUAGAAUUUGAGAGAAAUGUCAAUUCGACCAAUAUUCAGUAUGGAUUUGAUAUUAAUUUAAAAGAGGACAUUGUAUCAAUAGGAAGAGCCAUAAGACCUCCAAUUGGACCAUUUAAGGAUAAAAUACCCGCAUUAAGAUUUUGCACGUGGGAUCCAUCAAUUUCCAAUCCUAAAUUGGAUGAGAGGGGCGAAGGUAUCUGGAUUGCAGUUGGAGAAGAACUCCAAUGGUGGAGCGUUUGA